ACUCUCAAACCAGUCAGCACAGGGGAGAGAUGGGAUUUGUCAAACUAUGUCCUCCUUCAGGAAGAUGACAUAAAGAACUGCUUGCUCCCUGGUGAAAAUGACAGAAGCAAAAAAGGUGCCGUCUUAUGCCGAUCGGGCUAUUGGUGCAAUUAUUGGAGCAGCAGUUGCAGAUGCAGCGUGUCAACCUGUUCAUUGGAUCUAUAAUCUCGAGAAAUUGGACAGUUUACUGGCCAAAACACCUAACUUGGAGUUCAGACCUGAAUCGGCCAAUCCAUUUUACACCCGUGAAACCGGACAACAAAGUUGCUAUGGAGACCAAGCCUUUGUGUUGCUGGAAUCCUUAGUGGAAUGCAAAGGCCUGAAUGUCAAGGAUUUCACUGAACGGAGUUAUGCAUUUUUCGGACCGGGAAGCGAAUAUGACACUCCAAUAAAUUCCCUUCACCGUACAAAAGGAGGUCCUCGGCCCAAGCUUCCCGUCAAUGGUCCUUGGAGACAGGGCAGCAUCAAGGAAUUUCUAAAAAAUAUUGAGGAAGGCGAGACUCCAACAGGAUCGAAAGUUGACAAGCAAAUGGACUGCAUUGCCAAAUUAGCCCCUCUUGUGGCAUUGUAUGCAGGAAAAGAAGAACUGCUGACGAAGGUUGAAGAUGCCGUUCGAGUCACACAAAACGUAGACAUGUGCGUGGCUCUAGCUCUAGCUGCAGCGAGGUUCUUGGAGUAUUGCAUAUUAAAUGGUCCAGAUACUGAUAUGUUUAAUGACAUCAUUGCUGAGAUUCGGAAACCAAACAGAAACAACCCUCAAGACCUGGACAGGGUCAUUACUGGAUAUUUAGAAAAGGUGAAGAUAAAUAUUGAAAGACCACACCGAGAGGUGGUAACUGGUGUGUUCGUCAAUAGCUGAGUGUUACCUGGUGCAUUCCAAGCAGCACUACAUGGUGUCCUGACAGAAACUGAGUACGUACAAGCUAUCCGUCGUACUAUAACCUGUGGGGGAUGCAGCUGUAGCCGAAGUUCAUUUAUCGGUGCCUGUUUGGGAGCUCAGGUGACAUUAUCAGGAAUUCCAGAUUCCUGGAAGGAAAAGACUUUUAGAUACCCUCAGUUACUAGAGCUUGCUGAAAAGAUUGUAAAACUGCAUGACGAUUCAGCUUUAGCAUAGUGUCUGCAUUAAACUUUACACAAAUGGGACAGUAGGUCACACAAAGAUGACUAGGGAGACCCAAGACUGCUGUCACCCAGAAACAGCUUUACAUGUAGAUCUCGCUUUGUUAUUGCAAUAUUCGUAGCAGCCAUUGGCCACAUGUUUGAAUUUUACUAAUUGAUUAGGGUUAUACCUGUGGAUGUUAUAAAUUGCCAACAAAAGCACCACUUCAUUGUUCAAUGGGAUAGACCAGCUAUUACUUUUGUUAGAUCAUGUUUGUCAAUGGGGCGUCUUGGUUGAUACCUUUUUGUUUUCAAAUACAGUAUAGCAAUCUGUUUUCAUAACUUUCUGUGCAACUGCAUAAUGUCAUUUACAGUGAUCUGCUUUAUAUGUGCCACGCAGUGAACAGAAUUGAUGAAAGAUCUCACCAAAAGCUUUGCCAGGUGAGAACUGGAUAUAAAACAUUCUGGUUUCUACAAGGUACAUUAAAAAGCAUUCACUGUAAUCGCAAAGCUUUGAAAUUAUACUUUACACACAAGUGAAAACGUGUGAGAACUAUUCUUUUUUUAGUAAGUGAUAAAAUAUGCAUUAGAUGCAAAUGAAUGCAAACACUUUACAAUACCAGAGAAUAAAGGCAAACACUUCAAGCAAGAAAUGUAUACUAAUUCCUGAAAAUAUUGCUAAAACUACAUUUUCGUAACAACUUUCAAAAGAAACCAAUUUGGAAUUUCUGUUAAACAUUUAUUUAGUCCACAUAAUUCAGUGCUUUAGUCAAGCAGCCAAUGUGAAUGAUUCCACCAUUUUUUAAAAAAACAUUGGCUGUAUGAAGUUGAUUUGAACCUUAUUCUUAAUUCAGUAAAUGAAAUUGUAAAGACUGGAAAGCAAGUGAAAGUAUUUCUAAAAAUAUUAAUAAAAAAAUGUAAACUUUG